GACCUGAGGAGAUGAAAUCGCUGUGCCUUGUGGGUCUGGUGUUUCUGAGCAUUAUCGGCUUUGGGGCUGCCGAUGACUUUGAUCCCGUGCCUGGAGGAGUUUAUCAGUUGGAGGAAGACAGCAAGGAGGAUGCACGAGGUCUUUUGGAUACUUCCCUCACCAAGCUGGCCACCAAAGAUGGGCCAAGCUACAAGACCGUCGCCCUAACUAAGGUAACCCGCCACCUCGAGGCCGGUAAUCUCUUCACCUACGAGGUGGAGCUGGAAAACGGGGCCGAGAAUAAACAGUGCAUCGUGAGGAUCCUCAACCAGCCCUGGAGAGACGAAGAAGUCAGCAAAAUCCAGGUCAGGUGUGGCGAGGAGGAUGAGGUGGAUCACAACUUUAUAAGUGAGGACGUCUAUUUGGCCUCCGAAUAUACCUAUUACUGACCGCUGUGUAUCUUAUGAAGUUAAUAAAGUGUAGAGCAGCAGUAGAUCGAUGAA